GUCCGAGCCGCGGGCCAAGGGUGGCGGCGGCAAAGGCAAGAGCAAAGGAGUGGGCAAGGCAGGCAAGACCAACGCGAGCGGAGGCAACCCCCUGGACUACGUCCGCUGUGCGAACUGCUCGUACAAGUGGAACUUCAAGGCCAGGAUGGACUGCUACAAUUGCAAGAAGCCGCUCAAGCCUGCAGCAGUGGACAAGCCUCCGCAGCUACGGGCAUCGGCGUGGUCUUUCGUGCGCGAGCCGUGGGUGCACUCGGACGACUGGAUCGGGUACGAGGCACCACUGCCGCAGCCUGCCCCGCCGUCGGACGCAGAGUGCCUCGCGGCGUUGGCGGCCAGGCAUCCCGAGCACGGCCUGCAGCUCGAGGCCAUCAAGAAGGCCGUCGCACCACCGCCCGUUGCGGCCACGGUGUUGCCAGAUGUGGCUCUCAACCGCGCCCAGGCCAAGCAGAGGCGGGCCCAAGCCGCCUUCCUCUCCAAGUCCCAGCAGGUUCGCGACGCUGAGCAGUGGCUCCAGGCCUGCCGCGAGGAGGAGGUGCGUGCUGGGGAGCUCGUCCUGGCGUGCGACGUGGAGGUGGAGGAGGCCUACAAGGCAGCCGCGCCCAAGGGCGUCCAGGUGCAGGCGCAGGUGGCGCAGGAGUCUGGCGCCAAGGCUCAGCCUGCCGUGGGCCUCAACGUCACGGCGCUGUUGGCGGAUGACUUCCAGGUCGAGGCAGGCGACGCCUUCAGGCUGGACGACCCCGACCUGGACAUCACCGACGCGGAGCGCGAGGAGUUCAACAAGUCCCUGGAAGGCUUCGUCGAGCAGGUCAAGCAGCACGUGCGCACCACCUUCGGGGAGGCCAAGACGCAGCUGGAGCAGAGGCGCAGCGAGAUCGACGCCAAGCACCAGCAGCUGCUGGCCAGGCCCCUGCCCCUGUGCCGCCUGGGGCCCCUGCUGGGCCUCCUGUUGCUCACCUUCCAGAGCCACCCAGCCUCCGCGGCCCCGAUGGCGCAGCCAAGUUGGCUCAGCUCAGGCGGGACUUGGAAGCAGCAGCCGCCGUCCCAGCUGGGGGCGCAGAUGCGUAAGGCCCAGCCCUGGGGACCUGAUGCACCGCCAGUGGCCAAGCCACGAGAGCCCAGACUCGUCCGCCUGGGCAGACGGCAGCUGGCCAUCCUGGCCACGCGUAUGCGCCGCAUGGCUCGGCGCUGGCGCCCCCCGUCUGUGGGGACCGAGGCUCAGGACCGCAGGCACUGGGACUCCUACUGCGUACCGUACAUCUUCCACCAGCUGAGCUCUGGGGAGUACACAGCCAUGCUGGACGACCUGGCAGCCACCACGGGCAGCGGAUCCCGAAUUGCCGAGCGCAUGAGGACUGCACGGGAGUUGGGCGACGAAGCCUGGAACCGUGGAGGGGAGGCCAGGCGCCUCCAGCGGCAAUGGUUAGAGCAUCUGCAGGUUACCAAUCAGGAGGCUUUUGAGCGUGAGGCGGCUCAGCAGGACCGCAACCAGUCAGCCGCGGAGCGGUGGUUCGACCGUCAGUCCCAGGCCACGCCGGCAACACAGGCCCCCACCGUCUACUUCGACGACCGCAUCCACUGUUGGAGAUUGUGCGCCGCGGAGGUGCUGGAGGCCGAGCUCGGCCCAUCCACCUCGACUGGGACUUCGGAGGAGCCGGGGCUCUGCUCUGCCUCGCCAGGUGACUGCACCGAGCUCACUCCCACCCCAGCCGCGAGCAACCGCACGACAUGCAUCGUCGGCACGGCGCAGGAGGCUGUGGCUCACCCUACCGAGGGCAAGGACCUCAGCGUCGGCAGCGUCGGCGGCCAGUCCACCUGCAGCGGGACUUCGGCAAAGCCCCAGUGCGACGUCGCCAAGUAUCGACCCCCAGCAGCAGGAGCUCGUAGAGGCAAGCGUCGACAGCGGAGCCACAGGCGCUUCACCUUCCACAGUGUCAACGCCAGCCUCAGCUGGGGCAACGUUGUGGGCUACCUCCACGGAGCGGCACACCAGCAGCUCACCGAGGGCAAGAUUCCGAUCAUCGGUUCCCAGGAGCACGGCAAGCGGCGUUUGUGGGCCGAAGAGAGCGCACGGGCCCUGCUGCCCUUGGGCUGGAGGGCCCUGCCCGCACCAGCGACGGACGGCCCGAAUGGAGGGGCCUCGGCGGGCGUCAUGCUGGCGAUACCUGCCUGCGUCGGCGUCACCCUUGCAGCUGGACAGCGACACUGGGACAUAUCGCCCCCAGGUUGUGCGGGCAGGCUCCUGAUGGCCACCCUCGAGGCCAAGGGCAUCGGCAAGUUACUUGUUUUCUGUGCGUAUUGCUUCACGGGUCAGAAGCUGGCGUCAGUGGGCAAUUCUGCUCUCCUGUCGGUUAUCACAGGGUGGGCAGUCCAGCUCCAGCUGCCCUGGCUAGUCAUCGCGGACUGGGAGAAUCUACCUGACGCAUUGGAGCGUUCGCCGUGGAACAACCAGCUUAGAGGCCGUGUCGUAGCAUGGCAAGGGGAAGGGGGCACCAACCGCUCCCCGCAUGGUGAGCGCGUGAUCGAUUACUUCUGGAUGCACUCCAGUCUGGCUGCCAAUAUUUCCCCAGCCCGCAUUGACGACGACGCGGUCUACCACCCUCAUCGAGCCACAUGGGUAGAGUUUCUGCAGCCUUGGUCCGCCUUUACCUACACCAAGCUCAUCCGACCCCGCAAGUUCCCGAUCCCAGGAGUCAAGCCGAAGCAUUUCGAUCUCUCAUGUCCAGACGUGCCUGCGGGUUUCGACCCCGAUGCGGUGCCUACCAUGGAGCUCCUGGACGGCACCUGGGAGGUCUUCUGCCACGCCGCCGAGGAGGAGCUGAUCCAAAAGGUGGGUUUGGACCCCAGCAGUCGGCAAGCCGAUCAAUGCCGAGGGCGUGGGGGACCAUCACGCUUCAAGAAGUGCCCGUUGCUCCCGACCCACACCGAGGCCAUCGCCUCGUACGGGGAGGCCAAGCGCUGGAGGUGGUUUGCCAACGAGUUGGCUUGGCUGGGCAUCAUUGAAGUGAAGCUUUUCAGCUACACGGGCGCUUCCGACCUGGUCCUCACCACGCUGCACCAGCAGCGGCACGCCUCCAUUCGCAAGUUGCGUGACCGCUUCAGACUCCACAUGCUGGUUGAAGGCGUGGCUGAGCUGCAGGAGUUCUUCGAGGUUUUCACGUCUCGGGACCGCGGCUACGAAGACUUGCAGGAGCUCGCGGAUUGGCGCCUCAGCUGCAGUCAGUAUGCCUCGUACUUAGAGUGGCAGAUCGGCAAGGAACGACGAGAUUCUUUCAAGCAGCGGUUGGAGGACGACUUCCCAGGCUCGCAGGGGCUCCUCCACAGGGUCACCAAGUGGCGCCAGGCUUGGCAGGCCCCCAAGGGCAGCAUAUCCAAGAAGCUGCUCCCAGCGGCGCCUCAGGCCGCCGUGGACCAGGAGUUGCACGACUGGUCGAAGGUCUGGGUCACUGGCUCAGGUUUCCCCAAGCCAUGGAGGGGCCUCCAGCAAGUCGCUGUCACGCCGCCCAGCCCUCACCACCUGCGUGGCUUGGCCCAGCGUUUCAGGGCCAAGACGGGGAUUGGCGUGGACGGAUGGCAACCAAAGCUUUGGGCGUACCUCACGGACGGCACGCUCUCGGUGCUCGCGUCAUUGUUGGCCUGGAGCUACGACUACACGGCGGCGGGCCAAUCCUCCGAGCGUGCGCUGUGGAAAGCUUUGUUGGACGAUGAGCUCGUGUUGGGCACAGGCAUACGUGCGGCUACGAUGCUGGCGGACCUCGCCAAGUGUUAUGAGAAGGUGGUCGCGCUCGCGCUGGAGAGUUUCGCCUUUGGCCGUGUCAUUCGUCUUGGGGAGGCCUGCUCGGCGGAGGUCCUGUCCUCCACAGCGCUCCCAGCGGGCAGCCGUUUCGCGCCCACUUUCCUGAGGUUCUACCUCAUGCUGUGCUUAGACGACCUGCUGGGGGUCUUCCGCCUCACGAUCUACCUGUACGUUGAUGACAUCGCCCUGCGGGUCAUGUCCACCGAGGCGCGCGUCUUGCACAUUUUGCCGCAGGCCACGCGCUUGCUGUUCUGGAUGCUGGAGUCCUUCUUGGGCCUGGAGGUAGCCCGAGCGCGGGACGGGGCGAGAGGCAAGUGCUCCUUCCUGCAAACGGCCACUCCGUCUUCAGGCUUGACGCAGGCCAUGGCCGUCCUGGGAGUGCCGCCCAGCACCUCUGAGCGGUGGCUCGGUAUCGACUACGGUCCCAGCGUCAAGGCAGAGAACCAGUCAGCCCCAGUCAGACACGCGCGGCUCAAGAUAGCCAAGCAGCGCUGGCCUAAGAUACGCGGCCUUCCUCGUGCACGCGGGGGCAAGCUCAAGAUGGUCGUGCGGCAGGGCCUCGGAGCCUCGGUCGCCUACGGUGCCCGUGUCCGUGGCACGCCCAGGCCCAUCGUGCGUUUCAUCCAACAGAAGGAUCGGGCCGUCCGCAGAGGCGCCGCAGCCUUUACCUCCCGAGUCUUGCACGACGGCCUCGACCCCAGUUGUGCCGACGCCCUCGUUCUGGCGCCGCUGCUGGCCUGGGCCAGGGAAGCUUGGGACCACCCAGAGGGGCGACGGGCGCAGGCCACGGCAUGGGCCAGAGUGCAGCAACAGCUCGCGCUGUACAUCGACGCCGACGCGCAGGAGUUGUGGUCAGUGGUGCGCGGCCCAGCGGGGGCCACCUCGGUCACAGUUAGAGCCCAUGGGUGGAGCAUGCCAUCAGCCUUUGAGGUUGUCUUGCCUCCGCGUGGCGGAGUGCUCCAAGGAGGGGACGUACAUCUGGAUCUACUGCAGAUCUGCCCCAAGUCCGUUGAGGCCGCCGUGCUGUUGGCCGCCCGUUCCCGAGCUUUGUGCCAGUGGGCGGCGGCCCAGCCCGAGCGGGCUGCGCUCCUGCCAGCGCCGUGGCUCACCCCAGCGAGGCAGUUGGUCAAGCGACGCAAGCAGGACGGGUGGCUGCAGCACCAUGCCGACGCGGUCAAGAAGGCGGUGCUGGGAGGUUUCCCUUCGCAGGAGGCUCUUUUCUUGUCGGGCCAGGCGGACACUCCGUAUUGCCAGCUGUGCGACGACACGACCUGUUUCGGCACGCACCAGCACUAUUACUGGCGGUGCGGCAGCCCGACGUGUGCUACAGUAAGGGAGCAGCUGACAGCCCACGACGCAUCACCUACCUUCAGAGACGUCGGCCACCUGGGCGUGUCGGCCUCAUCGUCGGAAGCCUCAAGGUGGCUAUGGGAGCGGGUUUUGCGGCGGACCCCAUGUUACGGCUUGGCUUGGAGUCUACCGUCGCAGCGCACCUAUUGGAUCGUCAAUGGCGCGGCCCCCGAGCUCACCGAUGUGCUGGUGUCGGACGGAUCAGUCAAAGGCUUGGAUGACCUCAGGCACGGCGGCUGGGCGGCUUUGCAGUGCACAGCGGAGGCCGAUGACGUGGUGCAGGGCCUGUACGGCCCACUGCCCUUUCCCGACCCCAGCUCGGUCCUGGCAGAGUUGUGGGGUCUCCUCCACGCCCUCAGGCACGCGGUCUUCAUCACGGCCAUCAUCAUUGACAAUGCCCAGGUGGUCCAAGGCUUGGCUCGUGGCAGGGCAUGGUGUUGCUCCUCGGCCAGGCCCUACGCGCACGUCUGGCUCGAGAUCUGGGACCGCCUGGACGACAUGGACAUCCUUCCUGGCAGAGAGCUGUCUGUCAUCAAAGUCACCUCGCACAUAUCGCAGGCCAAACGUCUAGAGCUGCCAGAGGAGGUCCAGAUUCAUAUGAAGCACAAUGAUUUAGCAGACGAAUGGGCCAAGCAAGGGGCAGACCUCAGCGCGCCGCCAGAGUGGGCCACGUUGCAGGUCAAGCAGGAGCUCAAGGCCACCAAGCGCGUGCUCGAGUACAUCGGGCACUUCAGGGUCCUCCUCGACGGGGUCAAGUUGGCGGAGCCUAGGCCCAAACGACAGCAGGGCCAAGAGGCCAACAUUCCGCAGGCAGCGAGACCUCAGGCUGGUCCCAGGCACCCGCACGUUCUGGAAGUGUGCCGCGGUUAUUCCAAGUGCACCAGCUGCGGCAAGAUUGCCCGCACUCGCCUCGCGGCCUUUCAGUUGCAGGAGUGCCGUGGUCGUCUCCAAGGGCUCCAGGGCAAGUUAGUCAAGAGUGCGGUCAAGAGAGGCGGGGUGGCAGUGCCUCUUCUCGUGGCAGCAGGCGCCGCCGCUCGGCCUGUCCGACAACGAGCUGACCAUGGAGAUCAGGAUGGGCCUCGUGUAGAGCCCGACCCUGCGCCAGCCUCCCAGCUGGGCCCCGACCCGCUGUGGGCUCAUGUCGCAGCAGCCCGCGAGGCUCUGGGCAGGAUGGAGCGGAUACCCGACGGCCCUGCGUGCAUGGGAACCCCGUCAAGCCAGCCACACAUCACGCUCGAGCAGCAGCAGGUCCGUUCCAUCAUGGACGAUGCCAUCAUCUGGGCGUCUUUCUGGAUCGAUCGCUUCGACGUGGCAGGCUUCACCAACGAGUGGGACUACCGUACGUGGUGUUCGGAAUACCUUGAGAGGUUUCUCAGCCUGGCGACGUGGACUCCAGUUCGAGAGCAUCUUUUACGUAGCAACCCUGGCCGCACUCUAGGGCAGGUAGUCGACGACCUAUGCGCUACCUCUUGGACGCGGGCCGAGCCAGCCCGUCAGGCUCAGUUCGCCAGAGUGCGGCCUGACUCGGGUUUGACAGCCAAACAGCGACGUCGGCUGCUUCGGCAUCACUUCGACGUGCUGAACCAGGUCAGGGAGCGUUUCAAGGAGCUUCUGGGAGAUCGUGCCCCGCCUGAGACGGCCUCGUGGCACCAGUGGGUCUUCGAGCCCCUCUCCUCGGAGGACGACCAAGGAGGUGAUGCGGCAGGCCGCGCAGCCGAGGGCGCCAUGGGGUACGACGAUGCCGACGAGUUCGCGGCCCUCUGCGUGCACAGCGACCUCGAGGUGGUGGAGGCAG